CAAAUUCAUCCAAUAUUAAUGCCCAAUGGGGAAGUUGGCAUCUUUAAUGCCAUUCCUAUAUGUUCCAACCAUUUUCUCUUACUCAUAACCUUUGCACAUUGCAUUAUUAUUUUCAUCAUUGCCAUCUUUCUCACAUUAUCAUUUUCACUUUCCUUUUGUUUUCUGUCUUCAUCUUUUCAGCAUUUCCUUCAACAAAGCCACUUCCUCACAUUUAAAACAAUACAAUUUUAUGGUAACUUUGUACUAGUUCCUAACACGCGUCUUACAAGUUGUGUUUGUUUGUUUUUCUUUAUUUUUUUAUUAGUUCUAGUGUUGUUUUCAGUUGGGGUAGAUCAACAAACUCUAGACGGAGAAAACUAAGUUGUGACAUUUUUUUUAUACAUCCUAUGUUCUGUUUGAUUAAAGUUCUAACUGAAAGAAGCUUCAUUUUUUUCUUUCUUUCAAGGUAAUAGUUUGUUAUUUUCAUAUGCACUGAAAUCAUUGGAGAUUUCAAGUACUGUUUCAUUUUUGGGCUAUAGAGCUUGGUGAGGUAGCAUAAUGGGUGUAGUUAGUAAUUCAGACUCAAAUGGAUCUGUUCAAAAUUGCAAUGGUUUAGAAGAGAAGCUUGAUGAUCUUCGUCGCCUUCUUGGUAAGGCUAAUGGUGAUCCAUUGAGGAUUGUUAGUGUAGGAGCUGGUGCUUGGGGGAGUGUUUUUGCAGCAUUGUUGCAAGACACGUAUGGUCAAUUCCGCGACAAGGUACAAAUCAGGAUAUGGAGGAGGCCGUUGAAGAUUGUUGAUAAAGCCACUGCGAAGCAUUUGUUUGAAGUUAUCAACUCUAGGGAAGAUGUGUUGAGGAGGUUGAUUCGGCGUUGCGCUUAUUUGAAAUAUGUUGAGGCAAGGCUUGGAGAUAGGACAUUGUAUGCCGAUGAGAUUCUGAAAGAUGGUUUUUGUUUGAAUAUGAUUGAUACGCCAAUUUGUCCUUUGAAGGUUGUUACAAACUUGCAGGAAGCUGUUUGGGAUGCAGAUAUUGUUGUCAAUGGAUUGCCUUCGACCGAAACACGGGAGAUUUUUGAAGAGAUUAGUAAAUAUUGGAAGGAGAGAAUCACAGUUCCUGUAAUUAUCUCUUUGUCUAAGGGUAUAGAGGCUGCAUUGGAGCCUGUUCCGCAUAUUAUAACUCCAACAAAAAUGAUUCACAAAGCAACUGGAGUUCCCAUGGAGAACAUACUUUAUCUUGGUGGUCCAAAUAUUGCAUCAGAAAUCUACCACAAGGAGUAUGCAAAUGCUAGAAUAUGUGGCGCUGAGAAAUGGAGGAAGGCUCUGGCGAAGUUUCUGAGACAACCACAUUUUAUUGUUUGGGACAAUAGUGACCUUGUUACCCAUGAGGUUAUGGGUGGCUUGAAAAAUGUUUAUGCAAUCGGUGCUGGAAUGGUAGCAGCCCUUACCAACGAGAGUGCUACCAGCAAAUCAGUAUAUUUUGCACACUGUACAUCCGAGAUGAUAUUUAUCACUCACUUGUUGGCUGAAGAACCUGAAAAACUCGCGGGACCAUUAUUGGCUGAUACUUAUGUGACUUUGUUGAAAGGUCGUAAUGCAUGGUAUGGCCAGAUGUUAGCUAAGGGUGAACUAAGUCCGGACAUGGGUGACAGCAUAAGAGGCAAAGGAAUGAUUCAGGGGGUGUCUGCAGUAGAGGCAUUCUUUGAACUUUUGAGCCAAUCAAGCUUGAAUGUGUUGCACCCAGGAGAUAAUAAACCAGUUGCUCCGGUUGAGCUCUGCCCAAUCUUGAAGACACUAUAUAAAAUAUUAAUUUCCAGGGAACAAUCAACAAAAGCUAUUCUCCAAGCUUUGAGGGAUGAAAAUCUGAAUGAUCCCCGUGAACGUAUUGAGAUUGCACAAAGUCAUGCAUUCUACAGACCUUCACUGCUUGGACAACCUUGAUUAGAUAUAUGGAGCAUUUAGAAAAAGUUUUUGUUUUGUCUUGAGAAAUGUUUUUUUGAUGGACAUUAACGUAUUUAUUUUAAUAAGCUUUUGAUACACAUUGUAUAUAUGAUAUGGCAAAAUAUAACCCCCAGUGACAACUUGACAUGUUAUUGCUCAAAUUGUAUACUUCAUAUUCGAUGCAAACUAUGACAAGCACAUCGGAUGUAAGAUAUACAUAUUGAUGUAAUAAUAUAAUAUUAUGUUUUAGAUAAGCUCCUAAUUAUAUAGUAUACUAGCAUAGUGUCUGUUACAACAUAGUGAGAUUGUUCAGACG